AAAGACUAGAGACUCUUCUGAACCAGAUACUGAUGACUCUGUUGAUUGGAAAAAGACCAGAGAACCUCAAUCAGGUUUAAACUCUGAAUAAUAAUGAUGUUUCUGUCAGUGAUUCAAAAUGUAGUUCUAGUGAAAAACCUUUCAGCUGCUCAAUCUGUAAAACAUCUUUGCCAAAGAGGGGUCAUUUAAAGAGACACAUGUUAACUCACACAGGAGAGAAACCUUUCAGCUGCUCGGUCUGUAAAAGAUCUUUUUCACAGAGCGUAACUUUAAAGAGACACAUGUUAACUCACACAGGAGAGAAACCUUUCAGCUGCUCAGUCUGUAAAAGAUCUUUUUCAGACAGAGGAACUUUAAAGAGACAUAUGUUAACUCACACAGGAGAGAAACCAUUCAGCUGCUCAGUCUGUAAAAGAUGUUUUACAGUGAGCAAUCAGUUAAAGAGACACAUGUUAACUCACACAGGAGAGAAACCGUUCAGCUGCUCAGUCUGUAAAACAUGUUUUAGAGAUAGAGAAACUCUAAAGAGUCACAUGUUAACUCACACAGGAGAGAAACCUUUCAGCUGCUCAGUCUGUAAAAGAUCUUUUUCAGACAGAGGAACUUUAAAGAGACACAUGUUAACUCACACAGGAGAGAAACCUUUCAGCUGCUCAGUCUGUAAAAGAUCUUUUACAGACAGAGGAACUUUAAAGAGACACAUGUUAACUCACACAGGAGAGAAACCGUUCAGCUGCUCAGUCUGUAAAAGAUGUUUUACAGUGAGCAAUCAGUUAAAGAGACACAUGUUAACUCACACAGGAGAGAAACCUUUCAGCUGCUCAGUCUGUAAAACAUGUUUUAGAGAUAGAGGAACUCUAAAGAGUCACAUGUUAACUCACACAGGAGAGAAACCUUUCAGCUGCUCAGUCUGUAAAAGAUCUUUUUCAGAUAGAGGAACUUUAAAGAGACACAUGUUAACUCACACAGGAGAGAAACCUUUCAGCUGCUCAGUCUGUAAAAGAUCUUUUACAGACAGAGGAACUUUAAAGAGACACAUGUUAACUCACACAGGAGAGAAACCGUUCAGCUGCUCAGUCUGAAAAAGAUGUUUUACACUGAGCAGUCAGUUAAAGAGUCACAUGUUAACUCACACAGGAGAGAAACCUUUCAGCUGCUCAGUCUGUAAAAGAUGUUUUAGAGAGAUAACUCACACAGGAGAGAAACCGUUCAGCUGCUCAGUCUGAAAAAGAUGUUUUACACUGAGCAGUCAGUUAAAGAGUCACAUGUUAACUCACACAGGAGAGAAACCUUUCAGCUGCUUAGUCUGUAAAAGAUGUUUUAGAGAGAGAGGAACUCUAAAGAGUCACAUGUUAACUCACACAGGAGAGAAACCAUUGUAGUUGUUCUUCUUUUGGUAAAGUUGACAUUUAUUCCACUCCCUCACUUGUCAUGAAGACCGUGAGAAACCUCCCUCGUUGAUCACCGUUCUGACUUGAGAUUAAUGGAUGUCAGGAUCAGUUAAACAUGAAUUAAUUAGGCAAACCAAAAGCUGGAGACAGCAAUGAAAAGAUGCUUAGGAUGAAGAUGUACUGAGAACGGAGUUAAAUGAAGAAUUCAAACGAGAGGAGGUGGACUUUAUGCCUCAUCUCUGUUUGAAAUUCCCAAAGUCCACCUCCUCUCGUCCCACCUGCACUCUGUUUUGUGGUGCAACCAUAAAGUAAUGCUCGAUUCAGAGAAACAAUGGAGUCAAUCUGUAAAGAUGUGGGCACAACAGUCAGAAAAUGUGUUCUCCAACAUAUGUCAUGCCCAUCUGAAUUAUUGUACACAAAUCUAUGUACAGGUUAUUAGUGAAUGUAGGAAGCGUUGAACACUAUUUUCAGAAACAGUGACAAUGAAAAUAUCAUACCAUGUUUAUUAGGGAUGCACCGAUCUGAUCGGCGCCGAUCCAUAUCGGCCGAUAUUGCCAUUAUCGGUUUUGAUCGGCGUUCUCAAAACGGCCGAUCAGAUGACGUAACAUCUGCGAGAACUAUCAGACGCAGAGGUCAGAGGGGAUCCUCACCACCGAGCGGCGUCCCCGUCCCCCGAGUUGAAUCUCUGGGUCGACUCAGCCGACUCUCACAUGUCUGCCCCUAUAGACUGAUGUUGACGGAAGGAUUUAAGUGACAACAUCCGGUUUUGCAAAGUUAGCGGAAAGAACCACGUGAAACAACAUCCGUUUUUCAAAAUAAGAUGUCGACAAAUCAUAGACUAGGAUAUAAAAGUAAACAAUGAACUGAUUUUGUAUCUUUAUAGAUCGUUUCUGAGAUUUAGCUUAAAUUAUGCUAACAUUAAAGCAACACUAUGUAACUUUUGUACCUUAAAAUAACAGCUUGAAAAAAAUUGUGCCGCUACAAUGACUUUUAAUAUGACGAUUUGCGUCUCCGCUAUUGCCAUCGGGGGUCUGUGGGGAAAUAACUCCGCUAUGUCAGAUUCUGGAGCCGCCCGCUCUGGGGCGGAUGUACUUCGACCUGCUUUCUGGCAGUGAUUACGCAAUGUCAUAAAGUGCCACUCCACACUCGCAGCUCCAGUAUAAGGGAAGCUUUUUUAUGUAGCUUUUUGGUGUUGUCAACAAUAUUGUAUUCGAUCACACGUACUCCACAUUUGCAGUCCCCCAAAACAAAAGUAAAUGACUGCACGCGCACACAACCCCCCCCCCCCCCCCCAAAACAAAGCCGGCAAACAGCUGACCGACCAGGCGUAAACAUAGCGAGGCGCCGCGUUCAAUCCCCGCGCUACUUCACCCUAGUCCGGUCGGUGCUGGGCCAGUUCAGUGUUCCUGCGCAGUCUUCUAUUAGUGAUUCCGCCCGUUGGUAUGAAUCCAAAAUAGAAACAGUCGCCGGAUUGCUGCCGUUCUGAGUCCGCCGCCUGUCAGCGCACUCCAAACAAAAAAAACCUCGCGUCACCUCCCCCUCGUCAACUUUUAUAACCCGUGACACGUACAAAUAAUAAUAAUAAUAUUAUAAUUCCAGGACAACACAUGAUCCCAACUCAAUACAAGUGUAUGCGAGGCUGCAUCUAUCGUAACUGGGUAUUUACGACACUGAAGUAAACGUUAAAUACCUAAAAACCUGAAGGGGGCGCUAAAAGGGAAAAACUACAUAGUGGGGCUUUAAAACAAUUUUACUGUACCAAGGAAGAGUUUAUAAAAAUAAGUCAGACUUUUGUAUGUUAAAGUCCUGUAUAUAGAUUUCCCCAAGAGUUCCAGGAAAUGAAUAAUGCAGAUGUGUUCCAUACAUAUCUGAAAUCCCCUACAAUAGCAAUCAAACUAUUUUAAUGUAUCAAUUAGGACAUUUUUCAAAGUAAAAGUCCUAAAUGUUGAAAGAAAUCUGUAAUUUCUUUAAUGUUUGAGUUGCUUUAUAUAUGUAUUUCCUCAUAGUCCUCAUAGCAAUAAUGCUACACAAUAAAUAGAAUGCUUCAAUCGACACCGUGAUCGGUGAUCGGUAUUAUCGGAUCGGCAGAUACUGAUUUCAGUGAUCGGUGAUCGGCACAAAAAACCUGAUCGGUGCAUCUCUAAUGUUCAUGCCAAAAAAAAUAGGGAAUCGAACCCCAUCCCAGUAAAGCAGGAGUACCAUUACCAGUGCCUUGUUUUCUUUUUGAGACUUGUGGGUUAUAAUAUUUUUUCGAUCACAUCUUUUUUUUUUUAAAUAACUUUUUAUUUUGCAUUUUCCACAAACAGAUUAUUCCUUGACAUCGAUUUUUUUUAAAUAUAUAUAUAUAUAUAUGUGUGUAUAUAUAUAUAUAUCUACAACAAAAUAAAAUCAGCACACGUCCAAAUCCAUCUAUAUCCACAUACACACCCGGCAAACAUUCCCACCCAUCCCCUCCCACAUGGUUAUACUUAUACAUCUACCCUCCAAGAGUAGGACCCAAUGAGGAGGGAGGGAAGGACCAAACAAUCAAACUACAUACAACCAAAUGAUAAGCAUUAAAUACAAAGUGAAAUAACUAAAGAAAGGUAAAAGGCAUCAAUGUGAAAAAUAAAAUAAAGAAAUCAACAGACAUUCAUUUCAUACCCAGAUUUUUCAUCGACCUCUUUGUUUUGCAGUUGCACUCUGUGUGUACAACCUCAACCCCUCUCAGUUAUAACAUCUACAUCCAAUAUCGACUAGAUAUAACGUCACGCCCAUCUUCUUGUGAAGAUAUCUAAUGUCAUUUGUAGUUUUGCAGUCAUUUUUUCCAUUGUAUGGACCUGUUUUAAUCUCUGUCUCCACUGAGUUAUGGUUGGUGGUUUUGCAUCUUUCCAGUUCAGAGUUAUUGUUUUUCUGGCAAUCAUUAAAAGUAUACGUAGAAUAUACCUCAGAUUGGUGUCCCCUAAAUCUCUUCACUUCAAUGAUUCUAUUGAUUUCUUUUUUAAUAUUUUUCCAAAAACCUUUGACUACUGGGCAGUCCCAAAAGAUAUGUGUGUGAUCUCCUAUUUUUCCACAUUUUCUCCAGCAUAAUGGAGCUGAAGGAUCCUUCACAUAUGAAGAGAUUACAAGAGGUGUAUUAAAAUAUCUGAUUUGUAGUUUCCAACCAAAUUCUUUCCAUAAUUGGCUCUUGAUUCCUUUAUGACAUUUAUUGUACAGAUCUUCCCAUGUUGCAUCUUCAAUUAUAACAUUUAUUUCCAAUUCCCACUUUUCCUUGAUGUUCAAUGUAUUAUGUGUUCUGUCAGCUGUAAGCCUUCUAUAUAUGUGGGAGACGUGGUUUUUAGUUGGAAAGCCGUUUUCUGCUAUACUAAUAAAAUAGUCUUCCAUUA